CCAUCUGUACAUCUUCCAGCAGCCCUUCUGUUUCUAGGCCCCCGCCAUCUUCCAAGUCCCCUCAUCAACCUCAAUCACAUCAUCCCUUCCAUCAUUUUGUUUCUUAAUCCAAAUCAGCAAAGAUGUCCUACAACAACUUCGGCGAGCGUGCUAGCGAGUUCGGCUCCCAGCGUGGUGAGUUCGGCUCUGAGCGCGAGAAUGAGAGACGGGGCGAGUACGGCCAGGGCUCCUCCAACUACGGCUCUGCGGACCGUGACAACGAGUACGGUUCUUCCAACUAUGGCUCCAACAACCAGAGCUAUAAGAAUGACGCCGGCUACAAGGGCAACGCCGGUGAUGACGAGCCAUCCCGCUACGGCUCCAGCAACAGCUAUGGCUCCGAGAAUAAGCACAGCGGCUAUGGCUCUAGCAACAACAACAGCUAUGGCUCUGACAACAAGCAGAACAACUCUUCUGGUGACGGCGGUUUCGUUGGCAAGCUUACUGGUUUCAUCGGCGGCUCUCAGAACAAGAACGACAACGACAACCAGCAGCAGUCCUCCAACAACGAAUCCAAAGGCGGUUUCAUGAACGCCUUCAACAACAUGGCCGGUGGUGGUGCCAAGGGUGAGAAGAACGAGGAUCUCCUGGACAAGGGCAUCGACUUUGUCCAGGAAAAGUUCCUCGGCCAGGGCCCUCAGGACAACGAGAGCGCCGUCGAGCAGGCUAAGGACAAGAUGAUUGCCCAGACCAUCCGCGAUGGCUACAAGAGCUCUACUGGCAAUGAGUUCCCUAUCAAGAGCAAGGAUGACAACAACUCGGGCAACGAGAAGAAGUUUGGUCUUUUCUAAACCGAUUAGGUCUUGAUGUCCAAGCAAAGGAAAAAGGCUUGGUUUGUUUAUGGUGAUUGGGUUAAUACUCUUUGAUGGCAGAGAGUGAAAUUAGAUACCUGAGUAUCGUCACGAGUUUACGACAUUUCUAAUACCUACCGGA